AUGAUUUCUGAGACCCUCGACCCACGUCUCUUAAUCGUGCAAGACACAACGCCUACCACUUUGCCAACUUCCAAUGUGAUGGAGAAUGAUACAAGAUGCGGGGAACAGAUUCUGCGCCACGGUAACGUGGAGAAGGUGUUAAUAGGGGCAAUUCUCACCAUGCUUACUUUUCUGACGAUUUGCGGAAACUUGUUGGUUGUCAUAUCUGUGUGUUUUGUUAAGAAGCUGCGACAGCCCUCUAACUAUCUGAUCGUGUCCCUUGCUGUAGCAGAUCUGUCGGUGGCACUGGCCGUGAUGCCCUUUGUCAGUAUAACAGACCUGAUAGGCGGACAGUGGAUUUUUGGUCAAGUCUUCUGCAACGUUUUCAUUGCCAUGGAUGUGAUGUGUUGCACAGCGUCUAUCAUGACCCUCUGUGUAAUCAGUAUCGACAGGUAUCUCGGCAUUACCAAGCCCCUGACUUACCCUGUAAGACAGAGUGGGAAAUGUAUGGCCAAGAUAGUCCUGUCUGUUUGGCUUUUAUCUGCUUCUAUUACUUUGCCCCCUUUGUUUGGCUGGGCACAGAACGUGAAUGAUGACAAGGUGUGCUUAAUCAGUCAAGAUGUUGGCUACACAAUUUAUUCCACCGCAGUUGCGUUCUACAUUCCGAUUUCAGUGAUGUUAAUAAUGUACUAUAGAAUAUACCGAGCUGCCAAGGUGAGCGCGGCGAAGCACACCAUCGCCGGCUUCCCACGGGCAGAGGAUGAGAGCGCGAACUGCGUCACCGCGGCCCUGAAACUACAGAGAGAAGUGGAGGAGUGCACAAGUUUUUCUCGUCUCCUGAAGAACGACAGGAAGAACAUUUCUAUUUUCAAGCGGGAACAGAAGGCGGCGACCACGCUGGGGAUAGUAGUGGGGGCCUUCAGCGUCUGCUGGCUGCCUUUCUUCCUGCUCUCCACGGCCCGGCCCUUUAUAUGCGGCGUGGAGUGUAGCUGCAUUCCUUUUUGGGUGGAGAGGACCCUGCUAUGGCUGGGCUACGCCAACUCUCUCAUCAACCCGUUCAUUUACGCAUUCUUUAACAGGGACCUCAGGACCACCUACCGUAACCUGCUGCGAUGCAAGUACAGGAACAUAAACCGAAAGCUUUCUGCUGCCAGCAUGCAGGAGGCGCUCAAGCUUGCUGAAAGACCAGACCUGGUACUGUAG